GGUGAUGGGCGGCGGCGUUGUGGGUAGCGUCCGGCCUGGGGAGCCUGUCAAGAGGAAGCGGGGGAGGCCCAGGAAGUAUGGAGACGGUGCCAGUGGCAGCAGCAGUGUGUCGCUCGCGCUCACGCCUCUCUCCUCGGUCAGCCCGAUAUCAUCGGUCACUACUACUCCCACAGAGAAAAGGAGAGGCCGGCCUCCCGGCUCUGGGAAAAAGCAGCAACUUGCAGCUCUUGGCUCCGCUGGACAAGGCUUCACUCCUCACGUCAUCACGAUCGCUGCUGGAGAGGAUGUUGCCACCAAAAUCAUGUCUUUCUCGCAAACUGGACCCCGGGCAGUCUGUGUUCUGUCCGCCAACGGUGCCAUUUCAAAUGUUACGCUUCGUCAACCGGCUACUUCUGGUGGCACUGUGACGUACGAGGGUCGUUUCGAGAUCCUCUCCCUGUCAGGAUCUUUCCUCCUCACCGAAAGCGGGGGCACGCGAAGCAGAACAGGCGGUCUGAGCGUGUCCCUGGCCGGACCAGAUGGACGCGUCGUUGGCGGUGGAGUCGCCGGGCUUCUCAUGGCUGCCACUCCCGUUCAGGUGGUUGUAGGGAGCUUCAUUGCGGACACGCGCAAGUCUGUGCCAUUGCGGGCCAUGGACAGCCCGCAGGGCGCCUCCGCCUCCGGAUCCAUGCAGAGGCCAACCAAGAACGAGUCAGGGGCGAGGAGCCCGGAUAGUCCUCACAUGGAACAGCAGAGCAGCGGCGCUGGUGGUGGUCCUGGUGGUGGCGGUGGUGGUGGCGGUGGCGGUGGCGGUGGUGGAGGCGUCGGUGGUGGAGGCAGCCUGUUGCAGCACUCGCAGCACUCACAGCACUCACAGCACUCGGUCCAGGGGAUGGGCAGCUUAGGAGGAUGGUCGAGUAGCCAGACGCUCGCGGAGCCGCGGCGUGACACAGAUAUCAACAUACCGCUGCCGAACGGGUGA